AUGGAAAGCUUUAGAGUUUUUUUCCUGCUGAUUUUUCUUUGUUCACAGAUUUUCUGUUUUGAAGAAGAUGUGCCCAGUUUGGAGAAAGACCCUUGGACAGCCCUGUCUCUGAAGGAUGAGGGCUUGCAGAGCAGCUCCCUCCAGCGCUUUGCACAGCUGGUGAAAAGGGGGAAAUUCCAGCAGUUCUAUGGCCUGAUGGGAAAACGGGCUAGUGGGCACCAAGGAGGGACGUUCAUAGGACUCAUGGGACGAAGAUCCUCCAGUGGAGAGUCAACACAGGACUGGGACAACAGCCAGCCACUUCCUGCAUGGGAGCCAUAG